GCUGUGGCCACCUCCUGACACUCAUGACUAAUUUAAAGCAGGAAGCUGCAAGCAUACACCAGUCUUGCCAAGUCACCAUGGCAGCAGUAGGGAAGGGUGAAGGGAGGGGGGUUGUUGUCCCUGGGGACCUGCUUCCGAAAAGAAGACGCACCAGUAAAGAUGCCUCGCACACAGCAGAGCUGCAGGGACGGAGCGCUCCUCUCCAUGGCUAAUGUCAUGCUUCUCAUCUUACUUCUUCUCAACUGUGAUGGGAUGAACACAUCAGAGACAACCUCUUCCCCAGAGUCUAAUCCUGUAAUUACAACCAAAAAAGCUGCAUCUAAAGGUCAAAGUCAAGUCAUUAUUGAAGAACUUACAAUCCUGUCACCCCAGUAUAUAGAGCUUUUAUGUAACCUAACUGAUUUACCAAAUAACCCCCUGUACAUUACUGGCUAUUGGACUAAAGAUGGACAAGAAAUUGAAAACUCUGAAGAAACUGUAAAUAGAAACAAUGAACAGUAUGUUCUUAAAAGGACUUUCAGUAUACAGACCAGAGACCUGGGAAAUUAUUCAUGCCUCUUCAGAGAAAUUGAGGCACAAGUAACAUUUGUUUUAGAUGUUCCGGUAAUGAAAGACAAAAGAGACAAGCCGAUUGUGAGCUACAUUGGAGAUUCAGUUGUACUCCAGUGUAAACUCAAACACACACCAAACACGUGGAACUGGUACAAGGCAAACAACACCGAAAAGGUGUUCAUCAAUGUCACUGCAAACCCUCUGAACUACAAGAUCCUUAAUAAUGGAACUAUAACAAAACUGACUGUACUGAAUCUGACUGAGGAAGAUUCUGGAAAAUACAUCUGCAGUGCCGAGUUUGACAUCAAACCCAGCGAGUCCUAUAUGGAGCUGAAGGUCAUGUCGUACACCGAGCCUCUCAAACCCUUCAUAGCCAUAGUGGUUGAAGUCGUUGUCCUGGUCACACUGAUUUUGCUUUGGGAAAAAUGCAACAAGCCACAACAGAACAACUCUUCUGGAGGAGAGAAUGAUGUCUACUCUGAACAAACCAGAAAACUCACUCAUGAUGACAGCAAUGGAUUUGAGAAGAACAUGGCAAGACAAAGAAAACUGGAGCACUGAGAUCUACAUUAAAUCAGAUGAAAGAGCAACAUGGGAUUAUAUAAAACAUUUUUAUUCUGCUUUUUAAGCAAUAAGGCUUUUUGUUGGUCACGGCAAUAUCCUAUAUCAUAUAUAUGCAUUCCUACUAUUAAAUGUUUUAAAACAGCAUGUUUUAUAGUUAAUAGUGCUUAUACACUGUAAAAAGAAAAGGUGCCUGGAGGAACCUUUUGGGGUUCUUCACUUUGCCACGCCGGCGGAACCGUCUGUAGAUCCUCUAGGAACCCUUUAAAAAAGGGACAGUUCUCUGAGGAACCACCCAGGUUUCCUGAGGAACUCUUAGGCACUGUAUGGAACCGCUUUGGGUGCCUCCAGGAACCAAUUUUUAUUUAUUUAUUAUUACUAUUUCAUGUUGUUACUAUGGUUAGCAUUAACUUCUAUUAUUAUAAACAAACUGAACCAAAUACAAGGUAAGAAUUGUUUAUUAAAAUUUAGCUCCAUUUUAAUACAUACACUUCCAUGCACUCGGGAAAAGAAGCUAAUAGAUUAAUAUCAAUGAAUAGAAUACACAAACAAAUAGUAUAAUACAUACUGUAAGCAACAUGAAUAAUCAACAAUGUACAGUAUAUACAAUAGGGUAUACAAGAAAAGACAUCUCAACAAAAUGCAUGGAAACAUCACAU